UGAACCUCAAUCUGAUCAGUUUAAAUAAGCUAUACCGCCUCCCUGUGGAUGAAGUUAGAAACUACACGUGUGUCCCUACUGGACUUCCUUCGAGGCUUUGUUUCUAGAGGGACAUAUUUCAGGGUAACACCAGUCAGACGUCAAGCAGGAUGGUCCUGUGUACACUGAGGCAUCAGCUUCUGAAGAGCAGCCGCUGCUGCGGGUCCACGGUCAGGCUGCUGCAGAGAAAGAGCAGUGGCUGUGUCUACUCCAGUAUUCAUGGCUUCGAUAAGGAGGAGAUCCGACAGAAGCUGCAGGCCUUUCCUGGAGGCUCCAUAGAUCUGCUGAAACAAGACUCCGGCAUCGCCGUGCUGACCAUCAACAACCCCUCCCGUAUGAACGCUUUCUCUGGCAGCAUGAUGGUGGAUCUGGAGGAGAGGGUGACUGAGCUGGAGGACUGGGCGGAUGGCAAAGGACUCAUUGUUCAGGGUGCUGCUGGAACUUUCAGCUCGGGGUCAGACCUCAACGCUGUCCGGGCCAUAUCGAACCCAGAGGACGGGAUGAAAAUGUGCAUGUUCAUGCAGAACGCUCUCACGAGGCUGCUAAGGCUGCCUCUUAUCUCUGUUGCUCUGGUGGAGGGGAAAGCGCUGGGAGGAGGCUCAGAGCUCACCACUGCCUGUGAUUUCAGAUUGAUGGCGUCAGACAGCGUCAUCCAGUUUGUUCAUAAACAUAUGGGUUUGGUCCCAGGCUGGGGCGGCGCUUCACGACUCGUCCGCAUAGUAGGAAGUCAGGCAGCGCUGAAGCUGCUGGGAGGUGCUAUAAAGGUGGACUCUGAGCUGGGGCUGAACAUUGGACUGGCAGAUGAUGUCCUGGAGGCCAAUGAGGCGGCAGCAGGUGGAGAAACCCGCCUGCAGCAGGCCGAGAAGUGGCUCAGUCGCUACACCAAAGGACCUGCCCCAGUGAUCCAAGCUGUGAAGAGGGUCGUGCUAUCAGGGAGAGAGCUUCCUCUGUCGGACGCCCUGAGGGCUGAAAAGGACGUGUUUGGCACCGUGUGGGGAGGUCCUGCUAACCUGCAGGCUCUGGCCAAAAACUCCAAACACAAAUAACCCACUUUCACUCUCAGAGCACCUCGAAGCAGCAAAUGUGAACUGAAAUAUUUUGUUGUGAUCAGAGAUCUGCUGCAGCACCAGUCACUGAAACACACUGUCUGCCUGCGGGUGAUCGAUAUCGCGGACAGCAGUUAUCUCAACAAACCAUGAUCUCUGGUACAGGUUGAACUGACGUCUGUGUUUACUCUGGAAAUGAGGACUAAUAUUUACAUUUAUCCAAUUGAAUAAAACAAGACUA